CGGGGGGCGGCCGCGCCCGGGGCCCCCGGCCCGCCCCGCUCCGGCACGCGGGUCACGCAGGUUUAAGCUGCCUUAAAGGAGAAUUAAAAAUAGUGACUCCAAAGAACAAAAUCACACAGAAGAGAGAAAACAGCACUCAAAAAACCCCCAGAAAGGGGUAGCAGGUUGUUUGGCACACAUGGGCACAGAAGAUUAUGAACAGUGAAGACAAUGAAGAGUGGGACAUCCAUCAAAGAGUAACAACCUCUCAUAAGGUGACUCGUGUGAGCUCAUGAGGCUCCCGUAAAGGCCAGACUCAGCUAGGAUGUUACACCACCACUGCAGGAGGAACCCUGAGCUACAGGAAGAGCUGCAGAUCCAGGCUGCCGUGGCCGCCGGCGAUGUUCACACCGUGCGCAAGAUGCUGGAGCAGGGCUAUUCUCCAAACGGCCGCGAUGCCAACGGCUGGACCUUGCUUCAUUUCUCUGCUGCAAGAGGCAAGGAGAGAUGUGUCCGUGUUUUUCUGGAACAUGGAGCUGAUCCCACAGUUAAGGACUUAAUUGGAGGCUUCACGGCUCUGCAUUACGCGGCCAUGCACGGCCGGGCGAGGAUCGCGCGCCUGAUGCUGGAAUCCGACUACAGGAGCGACAUUAUUAACGCCAAGAGCAACGACGGCUGGACUCCCCUGCACGUCGCCGCUCACUACGGCAGAGACUCCUUUGUCAGGCUCCUGCUGGAGUUCAAGGCUGAGGUUGAUCCGCUCAGUGAUAAAGGUACUACACCACUCCAGCUGGCCAUUAUCCGGGAGAGGUCAAGCUGUGUGAAAAUCCUCCUGGACCACAAUGCCAACAUCGACAUUCAGAAUGGUUUCCUGUUACGAUACGCUGUGAUCAAAAGCAAUCACUCGUACUGCCGAAUGUUCCUCCAGAGAGGGGCCGAUACAAACUUGGGGCGCUUGGAAGAUGGACAGACACCCUUGCACUUGUCUGCUCUUAGAGAUGAUGUGCUUUGUGCACAAAUGUUGUAUAAUUACGGAGCAGACACUAACACAAGGAACUAUGAAGGACAGACCCCACUGGCUGUUUCAAUAAGUAUUUCUGGAAGUAGCCGACCCUGUCUGGAUUUCUUACAAGAAGUGACAAGACAGCCCAGAAACUUGCAAGAUCUAUGCCGAAUUAAAAUCCGUCAGUGUAUAGGCCUUCAAAACCUCAAACUGCUUGAUGAACUACCCAUUGCCAAGGUCAUGAAAGACUACUUAAAACACAAAUUUGAUGAUAUCUGAUAUCCAUGAAGAGAGGAACUCUGAGCAGGUUUAGUUCUAUUCCAGAUACUGAAGAGGCUUAUUGCCUUGCACAAAGUAUAUCCUAUGCAAAUUCUGAUUUUUCUGUGAAGUCAGAAGGCAGGUAUACACUUCCUUGGGUUUUUUAUACCACAUGCUAGAAGGUCUUAAUUUUUGGUUUCUUGGUCCAAGUUUACAAGGUCCAAGCUUUCUAUACAAUACUGCAUUUUCAGAAUUGCUGUUGGUUUUCUGUUUGUUUUCACAUUAUGUGUGCAGACUUGCCGGGGAGAUGGAAGGCAGCACCUCGAGGGAAGUGGUUGGUUUGAGUUGGCUGAGCAAUGAUGCAAAAACAUCAAAGUUUGGAAAUCAAGGCACCAGUCCUGCAGAAGGAUACAGAUAGAUCUCCAGAGCCCUGUUUGUUAGGACCCCUGUCUCUGCCAGGUGUUUUUGCAGGACAGAGGGAAGAGGGGAUAAUCAAAAUGUCCUUGGGUACUGUAUGAAUAUAA